CAGUUUACUAUAACACACAGAGUGACACACACAAACACUAACAGUCGCCGGAAAAUUCCAACUCCGGCCACCCCAACAAGCCCAUCAUCUCGGAGCAAAAAGCCUCCUUCUUCCGCGGCUACGUUGCCGAGAGUGAAACUGAAUAACAGAAAAGAGAGUGAGUUGGGUGGGUGGGAAAGAUUGGGAGGAAGCAGUGCAUGAUGGGAUUUUGCAUAUGCCCGUUAGAGACUCCUGCAAGGUUGCUUUGGACAACCAGCUUCUUCCGCCAUAAGCUCAUGAUCUUUUAAUCCCAACCCAUAAUCAUAAUAUUCACAACCACCUUCUAAUUCAAACUACUACUACUACUAUUACUACCUUGAAUUCUUAGUUACUUGCUACUACUAAGUUGCUAAGAUAAUAAGCAAACUCUUAAACACACACAUCUUCUUUGUGAUCUCUAUUUGCUUCUCUUGUCUCUGUCUCUCUCUGAGUCAUGGAAUCUGGUGGGAGGCUUUUCUUUGAUCCAUCUGCUUGUAGGGGGAACAACAACAUGCUCUUCCUUGGCACUACUGCUGAUCUCGCUUUUCGAGGAAGGUCGAUCCUGAGCAUGGAUGAAAGCUCAAAGAGGCGACCUUUCUUCAGCUCACCGGAUGAUCUGUUUGAUGAUGAUUACUAUGAGGAGCAGCUGCCAGAGAAGAAGCGCCGCCUCACUUCCGAACAGGUCAAUCUGUUGGAGAAAAGCUUCGAGGAAGAGAACAAGCUGGAGCCAGAGAGGAAAACCCAGCUGGCAAAGAAGCUGGGGUUGCAGCCGAGGCAGGUGGCAGUGUGGUUCCAGAACCGCAGGGCUCGGUGGAAGACCAAGCAACUUGAAAGGGAUUAUGAUGUUCUCAAGGCUUCCUAUGAUUCCCUACUUUCAACAUAUGAUUCCAUUGUGAAGGAGAAUGAAAAGCUCAAAUCUGAGGUGGUAUCCUUGAAUGAAAAGCUUCAAUUGCAAGCUAAAGAUAUGCCAGGGGAGCCGAUAUCGGACAACAAAGCCGAACCGCUUCCAGUUGAGAUAGCUCAAAUCAUCAGCAUGAAGGUUGAGGAUCGGCUGAGCACUGGGAGUGUUGGAAGCGCCGUGGUUGAUGAGGGUAGUAGUCCACAGCUUGUUGUUGAGAGUGUUGAUUCAUACUUUCCUGCUGAGAACUAUGGCGGCAAUAGCGGCAAUAGCAUGGCCCCAAUUGAGAGGGUUCAGUCAGAGGAGGAGGAUGGGAGUGAUGAUGGGAGGAGUAUCUUCUCAGAUGUUUUUGUUGCUGCUGAAGCUGAGCAACAGAACCAAGAAGAAGGGGAGGUAUUGCGUUGGUGGGGUAAUAUUAUGUUGAAUAAUGCAGCAGUGCUUUUCUAAGUAGUUGCUUAAUGGAAAAGUUUUAAAAAGUAUUGUAUAAUUAAAGUAGAUGAUGAUGGAUCAUGUGGUCGACAAAGAAAAAGUAAACGUUUGGGUUGGGUGGCUUAUAUAUAUUACCCUUUGAAGGUGCGUUUAUAAUAAAUAAAUAAAUAGAGUCCAGGUAAUAUGGUCAGUGGAGUCUUAUGUUGUAAUUCCAUGCUCAAGUAUGUUUUGAAGUGAAAACGUAUAGCUAAUAAACCAUAGUUAUAUGUA